GUUUGGGAGUGUGGGAAUCGUCUUUUUGGGCACCGUCUCCGCCGUCAUCACCACCAUCACCACCAUCGCCAUCACUUCAGCAUCAUCAUCAAUGGCGGCGGCGGGCAGACGGACGGGUUCAACGGCACGAAGGUCUUUUUUUGCUUGGGAGGGUUUGGAAUCGCACGGCUGCAGUCAUCAUCACCAUACCAUCAUCAUCACUAUCAUCACCAGCAGCAGCACCACCGCCACCACCACCACAAUACUAUCAUCGGCAGCGGCGGUGGGAGCGAGACAGAAGAGUUGGGGGGCACGGCAGUUUUGGGUUCUGGGUUCUUGGUUUUUGCUUGGGCUUGGGGGGUGGGAUUACGAGGAAACGACCGAUGAACGAACGAAGCAUAUGUAGUGACGACGACGAAGACGGAGAUAAUGACAAUGACGAUGGAGAUGACGAUGAUAAUGACAACGAUGUUUCUCUUUCUUCACCAUCGACCGCGCGGGUGCGGGAGGCUUUUUAAUUAUCUCGGUCGUGAGUGUCAUGAGUGUUAUGAGUAUAUACAUACACAUAUUAGAUAGGUCUGCAAUGACUGACGCCGUGAAAA